AUGUUGAAAUUUUGUAGCAUAGGAAUAACAUUUCGUAAUUUGUAUUGGUCAUUUUAUGGCUAUCUUGCUCCUUGGGAUUAUAAACUUGUUGUGGGCAAUGCUGGACCUAACCAAGAACCUAUCGAACAUCCACUUACUAAUUAUGCAGGAGAAAUUACAAUUGCAAUAUUUCAUAUUGCUGUUGUAAUAACUUUAUUAAAUUUAAUGAUUUCCAUGUUGGUUCGUACAGCUGAUACAGUUCUGAAAAAUGAAGAUCAAGAAUGGAAGUUUACUCGUUGUCAAAUUUAUUCCGAAUAUUUCGAUUGGUUUACUGCUAUUCCACCACCAUUCAAUCUUAUCUACAAUACAACUUGUGGAUUGUAUAGAUUAUUUUCAAAUAAAUUCAAAUUUGUUUAUCCUGAUUUAUGGAUUCCAGUUCAAAUUUGGAAUCCAUCAGUAAACGAUGUUAUUGAGCAAGAUUUUCUGUAUUUGAAAUUAAUGAGAUUACUGUUCGAGCGUUAUCGAUUCGCUGAAGAAUAUCACUAUCAAACAGCUAUGAAGGAUGAUGCUGAUCGAUUCAUUUAUAAGGAAAAACACACUCGUCCGCUUCUUUCAUUUAUGAAUUCUCCGCCGAUAUCACACAAGAUGAUUACUUACUAG